AUAGUGUUUAGUGAAUGAAAUAUCCGUUGUAUGGCAGCAUUGCAGAGAUGACCAGAAGUAGCUUCAUCUUUCUAUCGCAACAAAGUUGCUGUUGGUUGGUAGUUUGAAGGUGAAGCGACCUUUCCUGCUAAUUUGUUCAUAACAACCUGUGGAUCAUGUAUGCAGCGAUCAUCGGGGUAUUUGCCAUAAUUGCACUUUAUCUACGAUCUAAAGGUCUGGAGCAUGUAUUGGUUCACUAUAGAUGGGUGAUAGUUUGUAUCUUCCUAUUACCGGCGUCGUUCUUGUUCGACAUCUACAUGUCUGUCCGUGCUUGGGUUAUUUUUAAAUUCAACAGUGCACCUCAGCAGCAUGCUGCAAGAGUAAAACAAGUGCAACAACAGGUUAGAAACUUUAAACAUGAAAAAGGGAGGAAAAUGUGCACUGGACGACCAGGGUGGGCAACUGUUUCACUUCGGCUUGGAAAGUAUAAGAAAGACAUGCACAAAAUACAUAUUAAUUUAAUGGAUAUAUUGGAAGUGAACACCCAGAGAAAGAUUGUAAGACUGGAGCCUUUAGUUACAAUGGGACAAGUAACAACAUUGCUUCUACCGCUUGGUUGGACGUUACCAAUUGUUCCUGAGCUUGAUGAUUUGACUGUAGGUGGUUUAAUAAUGGGAACAGGUGUGGAAACUUCAUCUCAUAAGUAUGGGUUGAUACAACAUGUUUGUGAAUCAUAUGAACUGGUUCUACCUGAUGGAACAUUAACUAAAUGUAGUCGGACUGAGAAUCCUGAUUUGUUCUAUGCUGUACCUUGGUCAUAUGGAACAUUAGGAUUCCUUGUGGCAGCUGAAAUACGAAUAAUUCCUUCAAAACCUUAUGUAAGAAUUAAAUACCAUCCUGCUCAGUCUGCUGAUGAAAUGACACAACUCUUUAUUAAAGAAUCAAUGAAAACAAGAGAAAAUGAUUUUGUUGAAGCACUUGCUUUCUCUGAUGAGAGUGGUGUUGUUAUGACGGCCAAUUUCUGUGAUGUUUUUGAAUCUGGAAAGUUAAACCGAAUUGGGCAUUGGUACAAACCGUGGUUCUUCAAACAUGUUGAAGACAAGUUGAAAAAUGAUCAAUCAUCAGUGGAAUAUAUCCCACUGCGUGAUUAUUAUCACCGCCAUACAAGAAGUAUCUUCUGGGAGUUACAAGACAUCAUUCCAUUCGGCAAUAAUCCAAUAUUCCGUUUGCUUGUUGGUUGGUUGAUGCCACCCAAGAUCUCUUUGUUAAAAUUAACUCAAGGUAAAACAGUGAAAAGAUUAUAUGAAGAGCAUCAUGUUGUGCAAGAUAUGAUGCUUCCCAUCAAACAUUUAUCAAAAUGUUUGAAAGUUUUUCAUGAUGAGAUUAAGCUUUACCCACUCUGGCUAUGUCCAUUUUACCUUCCAAAAGAACCUGGUAUGUUAGCCCCACCUGGUGAUGAAGGUGAGAUGUAUGUGGACGUAGGAGCUUAUGGGGAGCCUCGUACAUUACAUUUUAAUAACGUGAAAACAAUUCGACAACUAGAAAAGGCAACAAAAGACUUUAAUGGGUUCCAGAUGUUGUAUGCUGAUAGUUAUAUGACCAGAGAAGAGUUUCGUGAAAUGUUUGAUCAUUCACUUUAUGAUAAAGUUCGUAAAAGUUUGCCUCUAUGUGAUGAAGCCAUGCCGGCAAUUUAUGACAAAGUUCAUAAAGAAAUGUAAUUUUACUGAAUUGUACAUUACUAAGUUGUGACAAAUGAAGCAAAUCAGCUGAUUGAAUCAACUUCAAUAUAACAAAUGUGUUUAUAAAAAUCUUGAUCAUUACGUGCCUUUUGCUUGUAGGUUCUUCUGAUUUGGCAAGUUUGAUGUUUGUAAUCUGAAAACAAAACAUAGCCUACUACUACAUAACUUACGUUUAUAUAUUUCUUCAAUAGUGUAUGUGUAUGAGUGUAUCGAUUAUAUAGUUGAAAAUAUAAGGGGACAGAUUGGUUGAAAUUGAAAUAAAAAACCUUAACUUUCAAACGGAAGUACCGA